GAGACCAAAGGCACCACCAACCAAAGGGCUCAGAUUUGCACCUCGGGGCCUCCAAAAUUCACGGACUGCCCGAGCAAAACCAGUUCACAAGGCGGCACUUCCGACGCUCAAAUUUUAGCUAUAGAUAUUUUUGCACUCGCUUGUCCAGUCAUAUUUUAUUGUCAGUGGAAAAAUACGCGGGCCAAUGUUGGUGCGCUCCGUUUGGAACAAUGCGUCUUCGGGAUGACGUCUGGGCAGCAGCUAACGUUGGAAAGGCUGAGGAGGCCGCUGGAGAGAGAGCGGGACCAGCUGCGUGAGGCCAGAGAGGCCAUCUUGCAGCAACUCAAAGUACUGAAAGCUGAGCAGGUGACAAUCCAGCGGCUAAUCCAGGCACACGUGAGCGGAGAACCAGAGGAGCCGCCGAGACUCAGCUCCCUGCCUCCAGCCAACAGCACACUGGGCGGUGGAGAGGACAGUGAGCCUAUGGACCACACCCUUUUCCACCUGCCAGAGCUGAAUCUUGAGGUGGAACCAUUCAUGCUGGGCUUAGGGGCAGAAGAACCAACAGAAGAAGACGACUUUGACUGAAAGAUUGAGAUUAACAGUCACAGAACAAUACAACAGUCAUAUGUAUAAUGA